AUGAGCACCCAACUGAAUGAAUCUCAUUCACUUCUGGAAAAGGUCUACCACAACAUGGGAGCAACCAAUGAUCAGAAUAACAAUUCGAACCAUAGUCCCAUCGGUCAGGCUCUUACUACAGGAGAAUAUAUAAAGUACCACCUUCCAACGGUUUUGAGAUUGAUCUGUUCUCAAACACAAGCAGUUCUGGCAACAAUGCCAUUGACGGUCAAUAAGGGCACCUUCUCGACAUCCAACCAUCCCAUUGCUGAUCAAGCUGAAGUAAAGACUGUUUCGUCUGCAGUUGUGGAAGAGAAAACCCAAAGACAUAUUUCGUAUAUGCUUCAAAGGGCAAAAUCUUUGCCAGAAAAGAUAGCUCAACAAAAUCAGAUUUCUCGACGCCGGUCCAGAAAGAGAAACAUUCUUGCAGACUACAAGGCAAUUCACUUAGCUGACAAGGCAAACCUUGAGUCUAAGUUUGGUGAGACUGUCAUUGACCUUCUGGACUAUGACAUGUUAUCUGAUAUUGAGUCAGAUAAGGAGAAAAAUAAAACUAGAUAUACUCCUAGAAAUAGACAUCCCUUGGUAGAUGAAUACUUUACUGUUUUGAAGAAACAGAGACUUGCUAACAAGGAACCAGACGUCAUUGGCAAUUCUGUCUAUCCAAUUAUUUUGAGAAACACCAAGUUAUUAAAUGAGAAAAAGGUGGAUGUUGCUGCUUGA